AUGGAACCGGACGUGGAAAAGGCCGCGCUCGAAGCUCGAGAUCAGGAGCACGGCGAGUUUUUGGCCCACCGCGAGAUCGAGGAACCACCACGAAGGACUUCCACCGACAGCGACACCACCCGUGAUCCUGAAGAGGAGCGGGAACAGGCCCGGCGCAACAACCCCCUGGGCUUGACCAGGACCAAGUCUGGCGUCUCAGUUGAGCAGGCCCGAGACGACUUUCAACAGCUGCGUCGUGAGAUUUCCUCACUCUCGAGAGCAUCCAGGGCAAGCCGCGAAGCCAGCCGCAAGGGCAGCAGGCAUGACAUCAAGCAGGAGAAAACCCACGAGGCUGUCGAUGUGGCCGAGUCCGGCGGCACCUCGACCACUCUCUCCGACGAUGAGCAGUUCGACCUGGAGGGAGCCCUGCGGACGGGCUUGGACGCCGAGCAGCAGGCCGGCAUCCGGCCCAAGCACAUUGGCGUUUACUGGGACAACUUCACCGUCAAGGGAAUGGGUGGUUUCUCCAACUAUGUCAAGACCUUCCCGGACGCAUUCAUCGACUUCUUCGACGUCAUCUCCCCCGUCAAGAAGGUCCUUGGGCUUGGAAAGAAGGGCUCCGAACGCGCGCUUUUGGACAACUUCCGCGGCGUCUGUCAACCUGGAGAAAUGAUCCUGGUUUUGGGAAGACCCGGUUCUGGAUGCACGACCUUCCUCAAGACCAUUGCGAACCAACGCUAUGGGUACACGAGCAUCUCUGGCGAGGUGCUCUACGGCCCGUACGAGGCCAAGGAGUUCAAGCAGUACCGAGGAGAGGCAGUCUACAAUGCCGAGGACGACCUGCACCACCCCACCCUGACUGUGGAACAGACUCUCGGCUUUGCAUUGGACACCAAGACUCCCAAGAAGCUUCCGGCCGGUCUGACAAAAAGUCAGUACAAGAAGUCAGUCAUCGACAUGCUCCUCAAAAUGUUCAAUAUUGAACACACGCGCAACACCAUUGUCGGUGGACACUUUGUUCGCGGUGUCUCAGGAGGUGAACGAAAACGUGUUUCCAUCGCUGAGAUGUUGAUCACGAAUGCUUGCAUUCUUUCCUGGGAUAACUCAACUCGUGGCUUGGAUGCGUCGACUGCACUGGACUUUGUCAAGUCUCUCCGGAUCCAGACCGACUUGUACCGAACAACCACCUUUGUCUCGCUGUAUCAGGCCUCUGAGAACAUCUAUAAGGAAUUCGACAAGGUUAUCGUCAUUGAUGGUGGAAAGCAGGUCUACUUUGGCCCCGCCACUACGGCAAGAGCUUACUUUGAGGGCCUCGGCUUUGCCCCGCGUCCUAGACAGACCACCCCGGAUUACGUGACCGGCUGCACUGAUGAGUUCGAACGCGAGUAUGCUUCGGGAUACUCUGAGAAGAACGCACCACAUGAUUCCGAGUCUCUGGCUGAGGCGUUCAGAGCCUCCCAGUUGUCGAAAGACCUGGACCAGGAGAUGAGAGAUUACAAGGAGCGUCUCAAGGAGGCCCAGCAGCAGCACGAUGACUUCAGAAUAGCCGUACAGGAGAGUAAGCGAACCGGUGCCAAAAAGUCUGUCUAUGCUGUUGGUUUCCACCUGCAAGUUUGGGCUUUGAUGAAGCGGCAGUUCGUCCUCAAGAUGCAGGAUCGGCUCGCGCUUAUCCUCGCGUGGCUGAGGAGUAUCGUCAUCGCUAUCGUUCUCGGAACUCUGUACCUGAAUCUCGGUCAAACGUCAGCCAGUGCGUUCAGCAAGGGUGGUCUAAUGUUCAUCUCGCUCCUGUUCAACGCCUUCCAGGCCUUCUCGGAGCUCGGUGGUGUCAUGACAGGCCGAGCGGUGGUCAACAAGCACAAAGCAUAUGCUUUCCAUCGGCCGUCGGCCCUGUGGAUAGCACAAAUCAUCGUUGACCAAGCCUUUGCCGCCUCGCAGAUUCUCGUCUUCUCGAUCAUCGUUUACUUCAUGACGAAUCUGUACCGAAGCGCCGGUGCUUUCUUCACAUUCUACCUCAUGAUUCUGGUAGGAAACAUCGCGAUGACCCUGUUCUUCAGAAUUCUCGGUUGCAUCAGUCCCGACUUUGACUACGCCAUCAAGUUCGCCGUCGUGAUCAUUACUUUCUUCGUGACGACCUCUGGUUACAUGAUUCAGUAUCAGGCUGAGAAGGUCUGGCUGCGCUGGAUCUACUGGGUCAAUGCGUUGGGUCUGGCUUUCAGCGCCAUGAUGGAGAACGAGUUCAGCAGGAUCACAAUGACAUGCUCCGGUUCGCAGCUCGUGCCGUCCGGCCCAGGCUACGAUGACAUUAAUCAUCAGGUUUGCACCCUGGCUGGUUCACGACCAGGCACUGACCAGGUCUCUGGAAGUGACUACAUCACCGAAGGGUUUUCCUACCGCCCAGAGGACCUGUGGAGAAACUUUGGCAUUAUCAUUGCUUUGAUCGUCGCCUUUCUCUGCUUCAACGUCCUGUUGGGUGAGGUGGUUAAAUUCGGUAUGGGCGGCAACACCUUCAGAAUCUUCCAGAAGCCCAACGCCGAGAGGAAAGCCCUGAAUGAAGCUCUGGCUAAGAAGCUUGAGGAACGCCAGAAGAACAGGGCCGAAGUCGAUGCGGGCGGCGAUAUGAAAUUGGAAUCCAAGAGUGUCCUUACGUGGGAGAAUCUUGUCUACGAUGUACCUGUCCCUGGUGGAACCCGACGACUCCUCAACAAUGUGUUCGGUUACGUCAAGCCCGGCGAGUUGACAGCGUUGAUGGGAGCUUCAGGUGCAGGAAAGACAACGCUGUUGGACGUGCUGGCCGGACGAAAGAACAUCGGUGUCAUCGGCGGCGAUAUCCUGGUCGACGGUGUCAAGCCCGGUAAGGAAUUCCAGCGAUCCACUAGUUACGCCGAACAACUCGAUAUGCAUGACCCAUCCCAAACUGUCCGAGAGGCGCUCCGUUUCUCGGCCGAUCUGCGACAACCCACUGAGACUCCCCGAGAGGAGAAGUACGAGUAUGUCGAAGAGGUUAUUGCCCUGCUGGAAAUGGAGAGCAUCGCAGACGCCAUUAUCGGAUCCCCUGAGGCUGGCUUGACGGUCGAGCAGCGCAAGCGUGUGACGAUUGGAGUCGAGCUUGCAGCGAAACCCCAACUUCUGCUCUUCCUCGACGAGCCGACUUCUGGCCUGGACAGUCAAAGCGCGUACAACAUCGUUCGUUUCCUCCAGAAGCUCGCACGGGCUGGCCAGGCUAUUCUCUGCACCAUCCACCAGCCGAACGCCGCGCUUUUCGAGAACUUCGACCGCUUGCUACUCCUGAAGUCCGGUGGUCGCUGUAUCUAUUUCGGUGACAUUGGCAAGGAUGCUCACGUCCUCCGCGAAUACCUCGCGCGCCAUGGAGCCGUCGCUGGAGAAACUGAUAACGUGGCCGAGUUCAUGCUCGAGGCGAUCGGAGCUGGAUCAUCCCCGCGUAUUGGCGACCGAGACUGGGCCGACAUAUGGGAGGACAGCAGCGAGCUUGCCAACGUGAAGGACCACAUCUCCCAGCUCAAGGAGUCCCGAAAGGCCGCUGGCGAGCAGGUUGACCUGACGCUGCAGAAAGAGUACGCGUCGACCCUCUCGCACCAGCUCCAGGUUGUCAUCAAGCGCACCAGCCUGUCGUACUGGCGCUCGCCCAACUACCUGUUCACUCGUCUCUUCAACCACGUCGUCAUCGCCCUCCUCACUGGUCUGACCUUCCUGAACCUCGACAACUCGCGCUCGUCGCUGCAGAACAAGGUCUUCGUGAUGUUCCAGGUGACCGUGCUGCCCGGUCUGAUCAUGUCCCAGGUGGAAGGAAUGUACCACUUCCAGCGGUCAAUAUUCUUCCGCGAGCAGUCGUCCAAGAUGUACUCGGCCUUCACCUUCACCGCCUCCAUGAUCCUGGCCGAGAUGCCGUACUCGAUUCUCUGCGCCGUGGCCAUGUUCCUGCCGCUGUACUACAUGCCGGGCCUGCAGACCGAGUCGUCGCGGGCGGGGUACCAGUUCUUCAUGGUGCUCAUCACGGAGCUGUUCGCCGUGACGCUGGGCCAGAGCCUGGCGGCGCUGACGCCGUCCAUGUUUAUCUCGUCGCAGUUCGACCCCUUCAUCAUCAUCACCUUCGCGCUCUUCUGCGGCGUCACCAUCCCCAAGCCGCAGAUGCCCGGCUUCUGGCGCGCCUGGCUGUACGAGCUCGACCCGUUCACGCGCCUCAUCGGCGGCAUGGUGCCCACCGCGCUGCACGAGCUCGAGGUGCGCUGCACCGACGCCGAGCUCAACCGCUUCACCGCCCCCGACGGCCAGACCUGCGGCCAGUACAUGGAGAACUACUUCAACUCCGGCGGCAUCGGCUACAUCGUCAACAACGCGACCAGCAGCUGCGAAUACUGCGCCUACAAGGUCGGCGAUCAGUUCUACGAGCCCCUGGGCCAGAGCUUCGACAACCGGUGGAGGGACCUGGGUAUUUAUAUCGCCUUUGUCGCGAGCAACCUGAUCAUCUUGUUCAUGGCGGGUCGUUUCCUCAACUACAACAAGCGAUAG